AUGGAUAGUAUUAAAAUUCCAACCCGUGUUGAAGAGGCAUUUAAUGAUCCAAAGUGGGCUGAAGCUAUGAAUAUUCAAAUGGAGGCAUUGCAGAAAAAUAAUACAUGGGACAUUGUUGAUCUACCAAAAGGAACGAAGCCUGAUACUUUUGCACCUAUGGCUAAGAUAAAUACUAUCAGAGUUUUGACGUCCUUAGCAGUAAACCUAGAUUGGACCCUGAGGCAAUUUGAUGUAAAAAAUGCAUACUUACAUGGUGAACUAGAAGAAGAAGUGUACAUGAGUCUUCCACCAUGGUAUAGCGUUAGCGGUGACACGGGGAACGUGUACAGAUUAAAAAAGGCGUUGUAUGAGUUAAAGCAGUCUCCUCGGACAUGGUUUGUAUGA